CUACUGAGCUAAGCGAAGCCUAUAUGAUUGUCAAUAAACUCACUCCAGAGGUUUUGUUGACUGCCCUCAGAUGGGAUUGAGCCAGAACUGUUCAAAAACGAGCGUUCAUGUGGCAUCAUGAUACAUUCUAUCAGCAUAUCACUAUACUACUGCAAAAUUGACAUCAUGAUGGUUGGGCGAACACCAUCACUGCCAGAAUUAACUCCGCUUUUAUGACCUCUCCUAACAGAUCUCAGCCCGAGCGGCCGAGUCUUCUCUUCCACGGUCAAUUCGCCAUCUUUCGGUCGUACAGCUUCGCGAUAGAAGAACUUAGUGAUAGAAGAACUUAGUGAUCGAGAUUGAAAGUCUCCAGCCAGUAGCUCAUGGUCUCGAGAUAUCAUCGGGUUACCAGAUAAGUGGCUUUUUUUUAUGAGCAUGUGACUGUUGAUAAUGAUUUUCUUGUUUCUGGUUGCUGUUUAUGUGGAAAUUGUUUUCGCCCCCAUGUUCGACAAUCUAGAGACCAUGUCACGGAGAAUCUGAUCUUCCGACUCUACAACUAUCAAUUUAAAUUGCAUCAAUUAGCUUUGAAAGAGGGCUUCAGCGGAAAAAGAAAUACCAAGAAUGGCGCUGCUGUCUUCUGUGAGUUAUUGGCAUUGGAGUAUGAUACAUCAACCAUCAAGAGCAGUACGACGUGAAAAAUUUAACCAUACAUUUGAUUAUAAGUUUUCGGUUGCUGAGAGGUUGAGGUAAAGUAGAGUCUGGGUGUUUCUCGAAAGUUAAGGAGGUGAGUUUAAGCAUGUGCGGGGUAUCUAGCAUCUGCAUGGUAGCUGCAGUUCCAUGAUUUGAUAUGAUAAGAUUGAAGACAGCUCCCGAUUCAGAGCAUAGAAAAAAGCGAGAGAUGAAAUACACUGUUGAUAUUGAUGUGAGCACCUGAAAGGCCAAUGAGAGAGCUUCUUUUCAAAUCAAGGCGGUGAAGCGGGCAGAAUUCGAGGUCAACAGCGAGCUCUGAAGUCACCUAGAGCGACAACAACGAACAACAUGCGCAACAACACCAUGCCUCCUUGAAACGUCGGGGUGCAUCUGUGAAGAUGAAUACGAAGAGUAAUAUUAUGAGAAAGCUGCUCCGACAGCCAACCGCGACCUCUACCCCAAACGAGAACGUCGAUACGAGCACCCUUGAUUCCCCACAACUCAGGCCGAGCGCAUCGCAACAUACCGUCUACUCAGCAGGUGUCCCGAUAAACUGUGUUGACCGGUCUCCUGAUGGAUUGAGGGCUGUUGUUGCUGGCUCAAAGAUUUUUAAGAUCUUGAGGAUAGACGGGCCAACAAUCACCGAGGAGUUGGAUCUUCGAGCCAUUAUCAUUUCGUAUGCGAAUAGCCACGAUCCAUCUGCCGCAACACCAGAGCAGCUCAACAUAAGGGCUGUUAAGUGGUCAUGGGGCGACCUGGACUCCUACAUAAUCACGGCCUGUGGGAACGGAAGGAUCACUGUCUACGACCUUAAUCGAAGAGUAGAGGGUCUCGAGGUUGGGCGCAUACAAGAACAUGCUCGGCAAGUUCACAAACUCGAUAUCAGCCCGUUCAGAAACAAUUGGCUCCUGUCCGCAAGUCACGAUGGAACCGUACGGAGCUGGGACCUUAAGACUCUCCAACAGGGUCGACACGGUUUGACUUUCAAGGCACUGGCAACUUUCAAAUGCAAUGCCGAGGCUGUUCGGGAUGUGAAAUGGUCGCCAACAGAUGGAAUGGAGUUUGCAUGCUGUACCGAUGCCGGUGUAAUUCAAAAGUGGGAUAUUCGAAAGGUCACAGCGCCUGUAUUGAAGCUUUCGGCACAUUCAAGCGCAUGCUUUUCGAUUUCCUGGCAUCCAGAUGGUGGACAUUUGAUUAGUGGAGGCAUAGACCAAUAUUGCCAUGUAUGGGAUCUCUCAAAGACGGGAGACAGAAGUCAAAAGCCUAGAUACACGUUUAUGACACCUGCGCCAGUUUCCAGGGUGUCCUGGCGACCUGCCUGCUGGUCUGCGACUGCUCAAGGAAAACGAGCGGCCCAAGUCACUGUUGCAUAUGACGACUCGAAUCCAGGAAGAAAUCAAACUUCUAUGGUGCAUAUCUGGGACCUUGCACGAUCUGCUUUACCGUUCAAGGAAGUUGAACAGUGGAACAGUGCUCCAACCUCCCUUGUUUGGAAUUCUCGGGAUCUGCUUUGGAGUGUUGAUAAAGAGGGGCAUUUCACCCAAACCGAUGUUGCUUUCGUGCACCAACUCAUAGAGCGGCGAAGUCUUUCCACUUUGGCAUUUUCUCCCAUGGGAGACGUUCUCAUGAUGCUAGAGGCACGACAAGUUCCGAAACGGUCUCGUCCCUCUAUCACAUCCCCUGAAUCUUCUCCGGGCUUCAAACACAGUGGAAGUGGUCCUCUUCUAAGUGUUAGUCGAAGUGACUCGGAAGAAGAUGUUGUAGGCAGCUUUCUAGGACCCAGGCUGAAGAAAGGCCAUCGAAGACGGCAUAGUGGGCGUGGCCAGUCGCUCAGCACAACUCCGCCUACUAGUAUUGGAUUUGCUGAUAAUAAAGUAAUGCCUCUCGAUGAAGCAGUAAAGAUCACUGGGACGUAUAAACCUCAACAAGUCAUGGCUAUUGGCCACGCACCUUCAACCGCCAAGCGGACAAUGUACCAAUACUUCACGAAUCGGUAUCUUAUGCGACUUGACAAAAAAUGCUACCCUGAACUUUAUUCGCAAUCAGCGAAUAUUCGGGCAACGAUGAUCAUGGAGUCGUACGGUCGAACUGCUGAGAAUGUUGGAUAUUUUCGCUUAGCUCAAACUUGGCGACUUCUUUCAUACACGAUGAAUCUGUUGCUAAGUAGACGUGCUGAAUUCCAUCGUCAAUCACGACUCCAAAUCAAGGCCCCUUCCAACGAGGAGCCAGAACAGGAUCCAACGCCUGAAUCAAGGGCUGAAACGGACAGAGGAGAAGAAACACCUAGGAGGUUACCACGCCCUCAACAAUCUCACGAAAGUGCUCUGCAUCGGCACGGAAUUUCAAUGAUCCAGGAAGACAUUGAGAGUACAUCUAAUGUUGCUACACCCUUGGUGCGCCCUGUGCGGGAUCACAUUGUUCAAGAGAGGCGAGAAGCUAUGCACACUCCCAUAGUAAUCGACGAUGACCUGGUCCUCCCUGAAGCUGUUCAUCCCAAGACUCCAAGCCCGAUUCCCGUACCUGGUGCGAAACAACCUCCUCAACACUCAUCGUCUAGCGUCGAGGGUUACGAUUUCUACGGCUUGGAUUCUUUUUCACCUACAAUCGACUUUGCUGCACCUGUCAAAAAAGCUCCGCUGCGAUUAGAGUACCACGAACCGCCUCAAAAACCGGUUAGGAUCCAGCCACAACGUCACGACUCAGCCGAGAGUUUUCAGAUGUUUUCAACAUCCGCCGACUCCCAUGGGAGUAAAUUCCUGGGGUCUUCGGACAGCGAUCGCCAAAGCGUAAACCAGGAUGACCGACAGAGGCUGAGGGACAGGGUUGCAAAUUGGGAAAAUGAUCAUUACCUUGGUCCCAGGCAUCGUCAGAGUAUCGACUCAGACGCUCCAACCGAUGGAAGCUCUCCGGGACAUCUCACUCCUGAAUCACAACAGGACAGAGAUAUGAGAAAUGGCUUGCCAGAGAGUCCAUCAUCGCCCCCGUUGCCCCCAACUUUUAGACUGCAUGAGGCAUCUGCACCAAGAGGUAUCGAUACCACUCCAGUCAAGAAUCAGUAUCAAAUGGAAGAGCCAAUCAGUCCUACCACAUCAGAGAAAAUGUCAGAAGAUCCCAACAUCAUCGAGAGCGACUUUCUUCCUUGGCCAAACGACCCCGAGUUUCUGAUCAAGCCCAUCGAUCCCACUGUACUAGCUCAACGAGCAAUCGACUUUGAAGCACAAACCAGUGCUCUGAAUGCCGCAGUCAUGGUCCUCCUCUUGCGUCCCCUGCUCCCCUCCUCCGCAAUAGAUGGCAUACAAGCCGGUGCCAUUCUACGGCAAUACCAUCUCCGGCUCACCAGCAUGAAACUCUUCACCGAAGCAGCCCUCCUUCGAAAUCUUUGCGUACCUCAAUACCCAGCCGUCUUUGCACCGGCACAAGAAGACAUCAAAAUCGGCUUCUACUGUACAGACUGUAAUAAACCACUUGAAAACGACCCUCUGAUCCCCGGAUCAGUAUGGAAAUGCCCCCGCUGUAGAAAAUUUAUCGAUCCUUGUACGAUCUGCCAGCAUCGCGACCUACCUGACACCUCAGAGUACGAGACAGACGAUAUUGAGAUCGAAGCUCCACUCUGGUGGUUAUGUCCCGGCUGCGGCCACGGUGGACACGGCGCUUGUAUGCAAGCAUGGCACGCCGGGGCGGAGUACGAAGAAGGAGAGAAGUAUUCUGAUGGGUGCUGUCCCUUAGAAGGUUGUCUGCAUCCUUGUCUACCUGGAUCUUGGAGGGAGCAGAGGGCUGAAGAGAAGAAAGCUGUGAGGGCUAGAGAGAUGGAUGCAUUGGUCAGAGAGAACGCGAGACAUCAGGGUGGGAGAGGGGGUGCUGGGCGGGUGGGCACCCCUGUGAGGAGGGAUGGGAGAGAAGUUAAGCAGAGUCAGGCUGUGGAGGGGGUAAGGGUUGCCCUAGGGGUUAAUGGUCUUAGUAGCCAUGAACGCGGUGUGGGUAUAGGGGGACUAGAGAGGAAGAAGAGUGUUAAGCUUGUUGCGCCGGGAGAGGAGGGGUAAUAUGGACUCGGAGUACAUAUGGGUGGAGAUGGGAUUCGGCGUUUAGAGAUGAUAUACCCUAUGGCGGUUACAUUGGUUCAAUCUGCAUGGCGAAUGGCGUUUGGUCUUGCAUCUGGGUUUUG